GAUUUGGAUUUAAUGACCCGUAACAGCGCAAGUAAUAUAGGCCUUGUAUCUCUGCAUCCCUCCACCCCUCUCUCUCCCCCGCGAAACCCACAACCUCCAAUCUGGAUUCCCUUCCAAAUCUCCAACUCUCCCGACUUUCCAAAACCCAUCCUCCCCCCACCCAUCACUCUUUGACUCCACUCAACUUGUUCAAGCACCAGCCGCCUCAGCCGCCGCCUUCCACCCCCAAACACAGGGACUCCACCUCCAAGAAGUCCUCCUCCACUCCCCCUCCCGACCUCCACCACAACAUCCACCGUCCCCCUCCCGCCCCCGCCUCCACCGCCACCUCCCUUUCAUGCUCCAACCCAAUGUUCUCCUCCACCCCAUUUCUGGUCUCCUUCUUCCUCUUCCUUUCUCUCCCUCUCCUAUUCCUCCUCGGCCCUCGCUUCCUCCCCCCCUCCCACCCCACCGUCCCCAUUUCCCCCGCCGACGAAAUCGACGACCAAAUCCUCUUCUCCCGCGCCCUCAACCCUAACCCUAACCGACCCAAACCCACCUUCUCCCACCUCGCCCUCGAUUCCAAAUCCUCCAAGCCCAAAAUUGCCUUCCUCUUCCUCACCAACACCGACCUCCACUUCGCCCCUCUCUGGUCCUGCUUCUUCUCCAAAACCAACCCCAAUCUUUACAAUAUUUACGUCCAUGCCGACCCCUCUGCCAACGUCACUCUUCCCCCCGGCACCGUCUUCCACAACCGCCUCGUCCCUUCCAAGCGCACCUACCGCGCCUCCGCCACCUUGAUCUCCGCCACGCGCCGCCUUCUCGCCUCCGCCGUCAUCGAUGACCCUGCCAACAUGUUCUUCGCCGUCCUCUCCCAGCACUGCGUCCCCCUCCACUCUUUUCGAUACGUCUACCAUUCCCUCUUCUUCUCCACCACCUUCGACUUGACCCGCCCCGCUGCCGACUCCGACGAUGCCGAGUUGACCCGGAUGGGACUCAAGAUCCGCUACAAGAGCUUCAUCGAGAUCAUCUCCAAAUCCACCAAUCUCUGGAAGCGGUACUCCGCCCGAGGACGCUUCGCGAUGAUGCCGGAGGUUCCAUUCGAUCAAUUCCGGGUCGGAUCCCAGUUCUUCCUCCUUACGCGCCAUCACGCGCUCGUGGUGCUCAAGGAUCGCGCGCUCUGGAGAAAGUUCAGAGUGCCGUGUUACAGAGAAGACGAAUGCUACCCGGAAGAGCACUACUUUCCGACCUUGUUGUCAAUGGCGGAUCCGGAAGGGGUAACCCGUUACACUCUUACCCGGGUUAAUUGGACGGGCACGGUUAACGGGCACCCGUACACGUACCGACCCGUGGAAGUGUCGGCGGAGUUGAUUUAUCGGCUGCGGAAGUCGAAUUUCUCGGAGUCGUACUUGUUCGCGAGGAAGUUCUCGCCGGAUUGCCUGAAACCCUUGUUGGAUUUGGCCGAUAAAGUCAUUUUCCGGGACUGAGAUUCGCCGCAUUCACUCUGGUGAAAGGAAGUUGGAGAAACCAAGUGGGAAUGUGGUUUUGGAGAGGCGUAAAAACUUGCCCCCAAACUAUCGAAUCCCAUAUAGGAAAUUCCAACCCAGACCUCGUCUCAGACAACAUGUCUAAAGAGGCCAAGGGAAUCAACAACCAGAUAAAGAGGAGAAAGGUAAGCUAGUAGGGUCAUUUUUGUCUUUUCGAUGCGUGUUCUUCGUGUACAUAUUGGUAUGAAAUGCAGAAAUCGAGUACUGUCUGUCUGUCUAAUACACGACGAGAAGAAGAAGAAGAAAAAUAGGCCCUACGUUUGACGGGUAGUGUUGGGCCUAGGGUGGUAAUUAAACCGUAAGCCCGGCCCAUUUCUUUUUCCAAGAAUUUUUCUUUAAAUUUUUUGCCUUCCCUCCUAAAAAUUGGAAAAUUGUUGUGUAUUUUGGUAAAAUGUAUGUAGAUUCCAUUGAGAAAAAUGUUGGCUACAUCAGAUAAAUGUUCUUUUGUAAGACUAAAUCGCAUGUGGGUCCUAUAUUUUGGAUCGCAUUAUAUUUCGUGAGAUAUUUCUAGGUAGAAAAAUGACAAUCGCACAUUAUUUUUCUAGACACAUGGACCGUGUAAACCAAAUUAUGGGAGGAUAUGUAAGUAUGAAGAAAUGGGUUUUUUAAUCAGAAAUUGUUCUAAGUUUGAA